AUGGACAUUAAGGAUCUCAUUGAAAGUGUCUGUGAAAUAUAUAACUACAGGUUGAAGGUAUUUCGCAUCGCUGAUCAAAUUUCAGAAUUGGCCGAGCACGGGGUAUCUCUUCCACCAAAUAUGCAAUCCCUUAUAUCAAAAGAUUUUGUUGAACAAGGAAAAGCGCUUACAAAAGAACUCGUCAAUGAGGCCUUUUUGAUGCUUAGUGGUGCUGUGACCAUUGUCUAUCCUAUGGGUCUUCCUCCUUACGAUCCGAUUCAGAUGGAACUGAAAAAUGAGGAAGAAUUAUCUGGUACUCACGCUGGAACUGAGGUGAUUCCCUCCGAAGAUGCAGCACUGUGGUUUUCUGGAAAGGAAAUGCUACCAGGAAAAUUGUUGUCUGACUAUGUUGGAAGGAACGAAAAGACUAAGGUUAUUGUAAAGAUUCAGAAACGUGGAGCUGGUGCUCCCGCACGCGAGGCUGUUAUUAGCGAAGCUGAUCAACGAGCGUUAAUGGCAUAUUAUUAUCGAAGGCAGGAGGAAUUGAAGAAGUUAGAGGAGAAUGACGACGACUCUUACCUUAAUUCUGCAUGGUCGGAGCCUGGGCAGCUGAAACGGCAGUUUCAUGGUCUAAGUGAUAUCAAAUGGGGGCCAAGAUAA